AUGACUGUGGGGCUAGCGGAGGGCAACUAUCCAACCCAGAAGCAGUAUGAGCGAGUCCUCUGUAGACUGCUCGUCAAAGAGGGAAACGGCGUUAAAACUCUGCUCACGACCAAAUCACCAGGGCGGCCUAGAAAAUACAGCUAUGACGUAUCCCUAUACGACAAGGAUGUGUCCAGCGACUACAUCGCAGCUGCAGCCGCUGUUGGUAACCUACAGGCACUACGAACGGCCCUAGACGACGAUCCGUGCAGGAUUUGGGAUGAGUCGCCAGCCUUCGGGUAUCCUCUUGCUGCUGCAGCAGCGGGGAGUCAUCACGAGAUUGUUCGCGCCAUCGUUAAACAUUUCGAACAAACCCAGGAGCACAUACAUAUGGACUACGUCCAAAUUCAGUUCAGGUUCGCGCUCGAUGCUGCCUUCGAAGCUAAAGACUUACAUACCGCCUUGCUCCUUCUCCAAAUCUUCAACGAGUAUGGCGCACCUCUUGGUAGGAACCUACUCCGCUCAUGGACCUUGAAAGCAGUUGGUACGGAGAGUGGCAAAGUCAUCCGUCAAGUCCUGAACUUGAGACAGCUGUCCACUGUGGGAUCUGCAUUCGAAACUGCAUGCAUUUCCGAAAAUCUCAAAGCUGUGCGCGAGUUCAUCAGUGAAGGUCUGCUACCUCUCCACUGCAGCUGCUCUGACACCACGUGUCAUACUCCUAUCCACGUUGCAGCAUCGUUUGGAAGCACGGAGAUAGUCGAAGAGCUUAUACAUUCAGGAGCUGACCCGAACGGAUGCUUUGUGCGUGACAACAAGUGUCGUCCCCUUUGGAUCGCCAUCUUGAAGAAUAGGAAAGGUGUUGUACGGGUCUUACUUCGACACAGUGCAAACCCGGAGUUUGUUUUGUCGCUUUGGGAUGAAGAGAAGGACCUCUUCAAGGACAAACGAGCCUCUAUCGGGGUUCUACUGAACAAAGCAAAACGCAGGAAGAACUACUACGUGCCUCCAAAGACCCCCAGAAUCCAGUUUGCUGCCGAUGCAGCGGAUCUGACGAUUCUAAGGAGAAGGCGGAAGAGACCUUGUUGCGGAUGGAGUGAUUGCCUGGUAAUGGCUUCCAAGGUUUGGAGCACAGGACUCUCUUAG